CCAAAUUACAAAAUUAUGGUCUCCUUUCCGUCAUCUCUCUCUCUCUUCUCGUUUUCUGCUAUUAGUUUUCCUCUUUAGCUGAAAGCUUUGGUUCUGCAGAGCAUUGAAGAGGAACCUAAACAAGCAUACUUCUUCUUUCUUUGAUUUUCCUAACCUAGCUCUCUCUCUCUCUCUCUCUCUCUCUCUCUCUCUCAUUUUGUCCCUUUCUUCAGGCUUUCAGAUGAUGCCACAAGAUGUGUGACUAUUGAUUGCGGCUCCUUCUUUUGGGCGUUUCUGGUUUUGCUUGCAAGUCCUCGUAGGGUAUCAUCUAGAAUUUCUCAUUCAAUUUCUGCGGGAGUUACUCUCAUGAUUUGGAAUAUGAUUGAUACUUGAGAAGUUAUUAGUUUGAUGCUGUUAUUGAAGAUAUAUUUGGUGUUAUAGAGGGAGCAAUGGAGCAAAGAGAGGAAGAGAGCUGGAGGGAAUUGGUGAGAAAGAUGCUUCCUCCAGGUGCUCCUCUCCCUGACGAUGAUACUAAGCUUGAUUACUCCAUAGCUAUAGAGUAUCAAGGUCCUCCAGUCCCUUACAAGGUUCCUAAAGUUGAACCUCUUGAUGUAAGUUCUCAUUCAAUCCCCACUGCAGAACCACUUUCGGAGUCACAAAGAUCAGCUGAAAAUCCCUGUACUCCAGUAAUUGAACCAAUACCUUUGCCUGUGUCUUGUAUAGCUGGUAUCACAAGUUCACCCACUCGAAGCCCUAGAGUAUCAGCAAGCUCGGAGUCAGAAGUGUCCGUCUUGCAGAACCCAGAUUUUUCUUCGGCUUCAGCUUCAGCUUCACCGGGUUCAGUCCACAUCCCUUCUAAUCAUCCUCCAAAACAAGUGGCCAAUGAAGGGAAGCGAAUGCCAGUUGUUACAUUUAGUACUGUUGAUAGAUCUGAGAAGAAAGAUAUUGAUGUGGAGAAGCCUUUUUAUCCCGACUAUGUUGGGGUUUCCAAAGGGAAAAAGAAAAAGAAGAGUAGAUUCUGUUACAGGUGUGGAAAAGGUAAGUGGGAAACCAAAGAAUCAUGCCUGGUUUGUGAUGCUAAGUAUUGUAGCAAUUGUGUAUUGAGGGCUAUGGGAUCAAUGCCUGAAGGCCGUAAAUGUGUGACUUGCAUUGGUGAAGCAAUUGAUGAAUCAAAGCGGUUCAAGUUAGGUAAACAUUCCAGGGUCUUAUCUCGAUUGCUUAGUCCUUUGGAAGUUAAGCAGAUAAUGAAAGCAGAGAAAGAAUGCUCUGCCAAUCAACUUCGACCAGAGCAAUUAAUUGUCAAUGGAUUCCCUCUAAAGCCAGAAGAGAUGGCAGAAUUACUUGGAUGUCCAUUACCUCCACGAAAACUGAAGCCAGGUAGAUAUUGGUAUGAUAAGGAGUCUGGCCAUUGGGGAAAGGAGGGGGAAAAGCCAGAUAGAAUCAUUAGCUCAAACUUAAAUUUUACUGGAAAACUCAGUCCAGAUGCAAGCAAUGGGAAUACUGAAGUUUAUAUUAAUGGCCGGGAAAUUACCAAACUUGAACUGAGGGUUUUAAAGCUAGCAAAUGUCCAAUGUCCACGUGACACUCAUUUCUGGGUCUAUGACGAUGGCCGUUAUGAAGAGGAAGGCCAGAAUAACAUCAGGGGAAACAUUUGGGAGAAGGCAUCAACACGGUUUGUUUGUGCACUUUUCUCUUUACCCGUCCCCCAUGGUCAACCACUUGGACAAAGAGAUGAGGCUAGUAAUUAUACUACUGUGCCAAAUUAUCUAGAGCAGAAAAAAGUACAGAAACUUCUUCUGCUUGGUCUUCAAGGCUCUGGAACCAGCACUAUCUUCAAACAGGCCAAAUUUUUGUAUGGAAACAAGUUUACUGCAGAGGAACUUCAGGAUAUCAAGUUGAUGAUCCAGAGUAAUAUGUAUAGAUAUCUUAGCAUUUUGCUUGAUGGACGAGAACGCUUUGAGGAGGAGGCAUUGUCUAGAAUUAAGGAAUUAGGUACCCAAGAUGACUCUGAGACUGGUGAAGAGGUGGACUCUAGUGAAACUUGUCAGUGUAUCUAUUCCAUCAACCCAAGAUUGAAGCAUUUCUCAGAUUGGCUGCUAGACAUCAUAGCAACAGGAGAUUUGGAUGCAUUUUUCCCUGCAGCAACACGUGAAUAUGCUCCAUUGGUUGAAGAAGUGUGGAGGGAUCCUGCAAUACAGGCAACAUAUAGAAGAAAAGAUGAGCUUCACUUUCUUCCAGAUGUUGCAGAGUACUUCUUAAGUCGGGCGGUUGAGGUCUCCAGCAAUGAAUAUGAACCAUCUGAGCGUGAUAUCCUCUAUGCCGAAGGGGUCACCAAAGGGAAUGGUUUGGCUUUCAUAGAAUUUUCUCUUGAUGAUCGCAGCCCAAUGUCUGAAACAUACACAGACAAUAUGGAAGCUCCACCCCCACCUCUUACAAAAUACCAACUUAUUAGAGUAAAUGCAAAGGGAAUGAAUGAGGGGUGCAAAUGGGUGGAAAUGUUUGAAGAUGUACGUGCAGUAGUGUUCUGUGUUGCCCUCAGUGACUAUGAUCAGAUGUGUCUUGCACCAGAGAGUGGUAGUAAUGGAUCACUACUUCAGAACAAGAUGAUGCAAAGCAAGGAGCUGUUUGAGACAAUGAUUAGGCAUCCUUGUUUUAAGAACACUCCUUUUGUCUUGAUACUUAACAAAUAUGAUCUCUUCGAAGAGAAGGUUAAUAGGGUACAUCUAAGUUCUUGCGAGUGGUUCAACGAUUUCAGUCCAGUGCAGCCUCACCACAACAAUCAGACACUUGCUCACCAGGCAUACUACUAUGUUGCAAUGAAGUUCAAAGAUCUCUAUGCUUCUCUCACAGGUAGUAAGCUUUUUGUGUGGCAAGCAAGGGCCAGAGACCGGGUGACCAUUGAUGAGGCAUUCAAGUACACAAGGGAAGUUCUCAAGUGGGAUGAGGAGAAAGGGGAUGAUUACUAUGGUGGGGUUGAGGACUCAUUCUACAGUACUGACAUGAGCUCAUCGCCAUUUGUUAGGCAAGAAUAAUGAUGUUGCUUUUUGAGUUAUUUGGAUUAUUGGUAAACAAAAUUGUAUAAAAGAAGAAGGAUAUGAUCAGCAGUACUCUUGUCUUGGCUCCUUAAAAUAAGGUCACUUUUGUUUUAUUGUAUCAGUUGCUUGAGAUCAACUCUAAUGAUAGAAUUGGUGGAGUUGUUCCAA